AAUCAAAAUUGGGAAGAGGCCAAACUGGACCAAUUUAAAUAUCAAUUAGAACAAGAAGAAAGUCAAAAUUACCUUCAGUAUGAUCGAUACAAAUCAUUACUAAUCAGAGAAGAAGAGGCUGCCAAACAUUUGAUUGGUUGGGACUCGAGAAAUGGGCGGAAUUUGCUCGGUUUUGUUGUUUUUGGUUUUGUUUGGAUAUUCAAACUCAAAUGAACAGUGUACGGCGUCGGAAAAGUGUUCGGGACAACCAGCAGCCAAUAAAUACAGCGAAGCUUCCAACAAAUAUAUUACUGCCAUUAAUGAAGCUCAAACAUCGUACCAACCAUGUGAGUCACAGAACUGUUCCUGCUACUUCAAUGUCAUCGAGAAUGAUCUGCAACCCUUUAUCGAUGGAAUAACAAAACAGAUGAUUGAAUCUGUCCGCUCCUACGGAACAAAAUAUCAAGUCAUCGAUAAAAAGCUCUACCGUCAGAAAGAUUGCAUGUUUCCUGCUCGUUGUUCAGGUGUGGAACACUUCAUCAAACCGUUCUUAGAAAAACUUCCUAAUAUGGAGAUGAUCAUAAACUGCCGAGACUGGCCACAACUUGUCAAAAAUUAUGGGCUUCACGGACCAGUAUUCUCUUUCAGCAGGACCCAGGAUUACUUAGAUAUAAUGUACCCUACAUGGGGCUUUUGGGAAGGCGGUCCAGCGAUCAAACUGUAUCCAACUGGUCUAGGCAGAUGGGAUAAGCAUCGUCAAUCUCUACGGGAGGCCUCAAAAAAAUGGCCAUGGGAUGAGAAAAUAUCUAAGGCAUUUUUCCGUGGCUCGCGGACAUCAGAUGAACGAGAUCCUUUAGUUUUAUUAUCGCGAGAAGAGCCAGACCUAGUGGAUGCCCAAUAUACAAAAAAUCAAGCAUGGAAAUCCCCUAAGGAUACUCUGAAUGCAGAACCAGCAGCAGAAGUACCAUUGGAAGAUCACUGCCAAUAUAAAUAUCUUUUCAAUUUCCGUGGAGUCGCAGCAAGCUUCAGAUUCAAACAUUUGUUCCUAUGCAAUUCGUUGGUGUUCCACGUGGGCAAUGAAUGGAAAGAAUUCUUUUAUGACUCGUUAAAACCAUGGGUGCAUUAUGUCCCGCUGAAAUCAUAUCCCACGAUAAAGGAGCUGCGUCAGGUAUUAGAGUUUUUCAAGGAGCACGAUGAGUUGGCACGUGAAAUUGCUGAGAGAGGAUACAAGUUCAUUCAGAAACAAUUGAAAAUGAAAGACGUUGAAUGUUACUGGGAGAGGUUGCUACUGGAGUAUUCGAAACUGGUGCGAUAUGAUGUUGUCUUGGAUAAAGAGCUGAUACAUAUAAAAUAGAUGGAUCAAUUCCUCUUUAUUUUUAUAGGAAAACUUACAUGUUAUAAUGUAAAUAGCUUAAGCCGAUAUUUUUUGUACUCAAAUAUUUAACUUUUUAUAAUAAAGGCAUAAAGGGACUUAGCAAUGGA